AAUUUUCGUCAAGCUGCAGCUGGAGAGAAUCCUAAAUGGCUCCCAUGAAGACUUUAAAAACUCCCAUUUCGCUUACCCAGUAAAUAUUCUACAGAGAACUCUGCGCGUCUUCAAUCCCACUGGCAUUACCAGCUGCCAAUCUCCACAAUCCAUUUUAGCUCAGAAACAGCUUAAAACUCCCAUUGAAGCCUUGAACUUCUGGAUGCCGUGUGCAGAAG